AUGGCCACUUCAGACUCAAAAUCACUCGUAGUGGAUCCAUUCUGCUUUCGUCAAUUUGCAGAACAGGAAGCUAGCAAAACCUAUGGAGGAGCAGUCUUUUCCAACACUGUGGCAGACUUUGAAGGGAUUGUCAAUGCUAGAUACAAAGAAGAACAACUCAAGGAGGGUUAUGCUCCCUUUUGCAAACAUCUAUUCAUUCUCAAUGACUUUACGCAAGCAAAGGUCAACGUACUGAAGAUCACUCCUGAAAAUGAAGGACUCCUCAGGUCCAGCUAUGAAGCACGCAAUGACAAGGAGUUGCCUGUGUUGCAACGGUACUUUCCCAAGGACCUUGUCAAAGAGGACGACCUGCCUGUGGCCAAAUACUUGGACUUGAUUCUAUAUUCGCGAGAGCAAAUCAACAAGGAAAAUGAGUCCAUGGGCAAGGAGAAGGACCCAGAAACAGCGCCAUGGGGAAUUGUCAGUAUCAAAGCUCAAGAUGUGGAUUAUGAACUGCCAAUGACACCCAUCACCGCCAUGAGGAAUGCCCUGGGCAAAGAUCAAGGUGGGUCCGGAGUAAAUUUGGACAGGGAAAAGUACAUGGAAGCGGUCAAUUAUUGGAAGGAUCAUGCCAAUGUAUCCUAG